AUGAUCGCUAGUCUGACUAUUCGGCACCCAAACUUAGUUUUGCCAAUCGGAUCGAAGAUUAUGACGGCCAAGUCUUACGGGGAUUCGGUGUGGACCCAAACGGGGCGCAUGACAGUUGAACUUCCCGACGGAGAUGUGAAGCAAUAUUUCCUUAAGUUAGCAGUCGCCGAAAAUGGCCGACAGCUAUGUCGCGGUGAACACUAUGCCAUUAGUCUCAUCAACGCUCUUGUUCCCGGUAUGGUACCUAGGGCCGUAGCCUGGGGCAAGUAUUCUUUUAGCCCGCCAGAUACUUUCUUCUUCAUCGAAGAGUUUCAUGACUUAGACAUGAGUCUUCCCAAUCCCAGAAAGCUAGCGCAGCGAGCAGUUCAGCUACAUAGCCAAGUCUCCCCAAACAGCAAAUUCGGCUUCGAGGUUGCUACUUUCGACGGAAUCGCUCCACAUCCUGAAGGCUGGGAAAUCAGUUGGAGGGUAUAUUUUACUCGGGUUCUGCGCAAGUCAGUAGAGACAGAUGCCGCGGCAAAUGGAAUUUGGCCCGAGUUAUCUAAAGCAGCCGAGCACCUCCUGGAAUUUGUCGUCCCGAGUCUUUUAGACCCAUUACAGCUUGGACCGAAUCCUAUUGAACCCCGUCUCAUCCAUGGAGAUCUUUGGGGAGGCAACAUUGGCACAGAUGAAGAAACUGGCGAGAUCAUCUUCCUUGAUGUCGGUUGUUUUUACGGGCAUAACGAACUAGACCUCGGAAUGUGGAGGCGAUAUGGUGCGCAGAACCUAGGUCAACGCUACCUUGACGAAUACAAGCGCAUAUUUCCACCAUCGGAACCACAAGAAGGUUUCGAUGACCGGAACAGGCUUUACAGCAUGAAGUUCGAUCUCAAUGCAUCUGCUGGGACGCCAAACGAGAAAGCCAGAAACACUGCUUUCAACAACAUGCUUUAUCUCAUCGAGAAGUACAUCGACACGCCGGUUGAGGGCUUGUCGAAAUAUGAUAAAACCAAAGACCCCUCUGCUGGCAGUGGUUACAUAUACGCGAAUAAAUAA